AUGGCAAUGUCUCUGAUCCAGGCGUGCCGCAGCCUGGCCCUCUCAACAUGGCUGCUCUCCUUCUGCUUCGUGCAUCUGCUCUGCCUGGACUUCACGGUGGCCGAGAAAGAGGAGUGGUACACGGCCUUCGUGAACAUCACCUACGCCGAGCCGGCGGCCGGCAGCCUGGAGCUGCGCAGCGAGAAGAGCGAGUGCGGGCGCUACGGGGAGCACUCGCCCAAGCAGGAUGCCCGGGGCCAGGUGGUGAUGACCGUCUCCGCCCACGACCGGCUGGCCUGCGACCCCCACACCCGGUUCGCCGCCCCGGGCCAGGGCAAGAGCUGGGUCGCGCUGAUCCCCAAGGGCAACUGCACGUACAAGGAUAAGAUCCGGCACGCCGCCGCCCAGAACGCCUCUGCCGUGGUGAUCUUCAACGUGGGCUCCAGCAACGCCAACGAGACCAUCACCAUGCCGCAUGCAGGUGUAGAAGAUGUUGUAGCAAUAAUGAUUCCUGAGCCUAAAGGAAAAGAGAUAGUGAGUCUGCUGGAGAGGAAUGUUACUGUGAUGAUGUAUAUAACAAUUGGAACACGCAACUUGCAGAAGUACGUCAGCCGUACCUCAGUGGUGUUUGUCUCCAUCUCCUUCAUCGUGUUGAUGAUCAUCUCCCUGGCAUGGCUGGUCUUCUAUUAUAUCCAGAGAUUCCGAUAUGCAAAUGCCAGAGACAGAAACCAGCGCCGUCUUGGAGAUGCUGCAAAGAAAGCAAUCAGCAAGCUGCAGGUCAGAACAAUCAGGAAAGGUGACAAGGAAACUGAGCCAGAUUUUGAUAACUGUGCAGUUUGUAUUGAAGGUUACAAGCCCAAUGAUGUUGUCAGGAUCUUACCAUGCAGGCAUCUUUUUCAUAAAUCUUGCGUAGACCCGUGGCUGCUAGACCAUCGCACCUGCCCUAUGUGUAAAAUGAACAUUCUAAAAGCUCUAGGGAUUCCGCCAAAUGCGGAUUGCAUAGAUGAUAUACCUCCAGAUUUUGAAGCUUCCAUAGGAGGACCGCCAACUAAUCAGAUUACAGGAGCUAGUGAUAUAACCGUGAAUGAAAGCUCUGUAGCUCUGGAUCCUCCUGUCCGGACUGUGGGAGUACUACAAGUCAUCCAGGAUGCAGAUCCUCUUCCCCAGGUUGGGGAGGGUAACUUCACAACAAGUAGUGAACAGGAGCCAGCAGUCAGCAGUGAUUCUGAUAUAUCAUUGAUUAUGGCGAUGGAGGUGGGACUGUCUGAUGUGGAGCUUUCCACUGACCAAGACUGCGAAGAGGUGAAAUCAUGA